UUGCCCUAGUGACGCGCGACAUUCCGGGGUUCGUGUCUUGAUUUAGCGUUGAAAUCGCCGUUUUAUUUAUCGUUUUUAGGAAAAUUAUGAAAACAAUUUUUUGCAUAAGUUAAAACCGAUAUCGGCGGUGGGGGGAGAAUUUAAAGACGUACGCGAAUAUCAAAGAUGUACGCCGGUAUAAAAGUGACGCCAUGUUCGGAGCAUCUCUCAGUGUUUUGUGAUACAGUGCCGUUUGUUUAUUUAUUUAUUUAUUUGUUUUUAUUUAUUUACACUAUUGCGUAAAGCGACGUAAUGCGCCGACUACUAAUUUUGGGCGCGCUCGCCCUGAUAUCGACGUCCAAGGGUGAUGUGAAGCACGUCCUCGACGGUUCGGCUCACCCUCCGCCGUGCUACCAGGAGCAUCAGCAUUAUCAUCACGACGGUCAAGCUGCCGUUCCGGGAUCCGUGCCGUUUUGGUGGGCCGCCGCCGACUCGCCCUUCAAACAGGCGUAUGAGUAUUUCAAGAAGUGUUCGUCGAAAAGCGACUGUUUACCGCCGGUGGCGCCGUCGUUCCAAGUUCCCGAACGGCCGAAGGUCUCGAACGACAUAGAGCCGGCCGGCCCGGGUAAUUUCGAAAACAAUCCGUUUUUGAACGGGCAGAUUAGUGACGUAGGCCAUACGACCCCCAAAAUCGAUCUGAGCAGGAACCCGUUCCUUAACACCGGCAUGCAAGCCGCCUACGCCAGCACCGGUCAAGCGGUUUCGACGGGCGCCCAGGGAUUUUUAGGCGUACAGCCCGCCGUGCCUUUCGGAUCGGCGAACAGAGCGCAACCUUUCCCCGUUUCGCACCCGCACGGUGACCACCAGAAGCCGCCGUUCGCUUCCCAGCAUCCGAAUCAGGGAGGGCAACCGUUUCCCGGCGCCCAUCCCUCUUGCGACAAAGUAUGCGUUCCCUCGCAGCUGUGCGUCAACGGGAUAGUCAACGGGCACGAUUCGGACUGUACCCCAAAGCUUUCGGUAAGUUGUCAUCCUCCACGGAAGGCGUGUCCGUAGGAGACGAAAUGAAAG